ACUUACCUGUUAAAACAGUCAAUGUGCGCAUGUUAUUUGUACAAGUGGCAGUAAGUAUCAACUUGUUAUUUCUUAAGAAUUUGAAUUUAGUGUUCGAUCAGGAACAGCGCGAUUUGGUCGGUUGCUCUUCGGCAUCAUGAGAAAAAUAUUUUGUGUUUUAAUCCUUGGCCUCCUGGUUGCACAUAUUUGUGCGAGACCAGAGGACAAAGACAAAGGUGCCGCUGAUAAAGCCAAAGACGCUGCAAAGGACGCCGCCAAAGAUGGAAAAAAAGCUGCUGAAGAUGGUAAAAAAGAUGCCGAAGAUGCUAAAAAAGGUGCUAAAGAUGCUGUGAAAGACGCAGAAAAAGCAGCCAAAGAUGCCAAAAAACAUAAAACUCCACCGGCUCAAGAUGAUGGUGACGACGAUGAUGACGAUUGUGCGCCUACUACCACGCCUAAACCGCAUCACAAACACCGACAUGGCCAUGGCCAUGGCCAUAUCGCUGAAGUUCCUAUUAAGAUGGCUAAGACUGCCUUUGAUGAAGUUUUUGAUAUGUGUGACGGUUUCGCAGAAAACAUGCCUUUUUAAGAUGGCUGUAAGAAACAUUGAAGAAGUGUACGUAAAUAAUAUCGGAAAAUGAAAUUAUUUUAAAUAAAUAUAUAUAAGAGAUUUCAUAAAUGUUCCUAAGCAUUCGUUAUGACGCCAAUGAAAAACCAAAAUUGUGAACAGUAACUGAUAUUAAAUACCACUUCGAAUAAA